AGGGUUGCGAUGGUUUGACUAGGUUGUUACGAUAAUUUCGCUCUGGGACCAAAAUAUACCACGAGAUUUGAUUUGACCAGGGAGUCAUGAUACUCGUAACUCAGUGGGAAAAGUGUAAUUUACACUUGGCCGUAAAGCAUGAAAAAUGAUAAAGAGUGUUGCUCUCCCACCCUUGGACCUUCCUCCCAGUGAUCGCACCUUCCUUCGUCUACUUCAAGGAGAAAUCUGACCAAACGACGACUUCCACAAUCGCAAGAGACAACAACUUUGCCAGUAGUAAGAGACAGCAACCUAAAACAAAUCAUCAAGAUCACCUCCAGCAAAUUUAGUACUAUCUGUUCCCACGCGAUAGCUUUCUAGCUCGGGAACCAGCAAGAGCAGCAGUAUUGGCUCGCAAUGGACAGCAACCCUCUCGCCAACGACGGGUUCUCCUCGCCACCAGUGGCCCCCGGGGAGAUAACGUCUCAAACUCAUCGGCUAGAAGGAUGGGGAGACGAAUAUACCAUGGACUGGAACCCACAGACUUCACACGACACGGCGGUAUCCAGUCCGAUCUCUCAGCCAGCUCAUGUCCAAACCGACAAGGACCUAACCCCCUUGUCUCAAGCCAACAACGAUCAAGGCUGGAUUCCUGGCAUGGGCGGCCAGUCGAUCUACGAUGGUUGUUUCUAUGAAGGAAUCAACUUGAAUCCAGCCAGCUAUGGCUUUGGCAACAGCAGCGGCAACAUGUACACAGGCAGCAUGGUGUUUGACAAUACCGACACGUUUGCAGCCGGCAUGUUUUUCGACAACGACAUCAGCAGCACCUACACAGCUGGUGGAACUACCGACCUCCCUAUCAUGUAUCUAGACGGCGGACUUUACAACACCAUGGGUGCAUACAAUGCUAUGUGCACAAGCGACAUGGUGUUUGACAGCAACCUGCCUGAAGGUACAGACAUUGGCAACGACAUGCUUACACCAGGUCUUGUCCUCGACAACGACAUGUCUAUGCAAGGCCUUGUCUUUGGCAACGACAUGCUUGCACCGGGUCUUGUCUUCGACAACGACAUGUCAGCACAGGGUCUUGUCUUUGGCAACGACAUGUUAGCACAAGGCCAGGAACAGCAGCAAUUCCCGCAGGAAACGCUCACCCAAGCCAUCAACAGGGUGCUCCAGACGAGACUAGCGGUGAAGGAGAGGGGGCGGUACCCAAGCCGCUAUAACAAGGUCUUCCCAAGGCCGCGCGGUGCCAUCCAUGGCCCCUCGAAGCUGAGGACGAUGUGGCGUGUUGGCGAGCCGCAGUGGAUGGAUGAGGAAAUGGCGCAGUGGUUGGAAGACUUCUCCCCGUAGGGGGGUUGGAGGUUGCUGUGUACCGUCAUCUGUCAAUUGUUGUCCUGGACACGGGAGACGCUAUCUUUGUCAUCCUGGGAAUGGCUGGCCCAGUCCGUCAAGGGGGUAAUACAGGGAACGACGAGUGAGCUAGAAUAUAAAUUAUGUCCUUUGAUUGGGAUAAAAUCCACCCCGAUCAAGUUGUCUCCGUUUCGCCGUGGUUCCAAUGGGCUUGGCUUGUCAUUUUAGAACCGAUUCAAUUUCCCCCAAUGAUGCCACCCUAUGCACUCGAUGACCCCGUAUAAGACUCCUUGCUGUUGACAUUGUUGAACACCAACCCGGGAUGGCCAAUGCACAGCAAAAAGGUAGCCGCGAUGACGAACCUGUUACAAACACCGAGUCAGUACGGGGCGGAGGGCCCAAAAAGGAGCAAAAAUAAAGACUUGUCGUGGAU